AUUGCAAAGUCAUGGGAACAGAAUCGUUCUCAUGAGAAAAUAUAUCUCCACAAGCCGAAAUUUAUAAACUGUGAAACUAACAAUGGGGGGACUGUUUAUGAUGGGGUUAACAGAGGGGCAAUAACUAGUAAUAAUUCCGGUUUACCAAAGAAAGUUGAGAAAAGAAGAUCUCCUUUUGGAAUGGAGCUGAGAGAAAGAAAAAAACAAGUACAUUAUGAUGAAAAUCAGGAUCCAGAUUUCUCGGAUUCCUCUGAUUAUCUAGAGCCCAAAAGGCUGACAUAUGAAAUUGAGGAUGAACCAGCUUUGGAACAGAAGUUAUCCGAUUCACCUGAAGAAACAACAAAUAUGUCGAAUAAUGAAUUAGAUGCGUACGUUAAUGAAACCAUCCGGGAUGGAAAUAAAUGGAUUGUGUGCGACACCGAUGUACGUGACCUCUUGAUAAAAUGGAAACAGGAGAAACCGCGACCACGUACUGAUCUGGCGUUUUAUGAUAUUAUCGACAUCACUCUGGGUUCAAAUAGUGAUUUUGUUCAAUCACUACCAAUUGAUGCAGUGCAAGAUAUGAAACAGUCAAAAAUGUUUCCCACACCGAAUAUGGAUAAUGUGGAUGAAAUGAAAAACUAUAUUAUUGAUUUUAUUAAGACAAAUGAAUUCCGUAAUUUCGUGGACGAGAGUUAUUUGAAAACACGAGUCAAUAAUAAAACAAAAUUCGUAUGGGACUAUCUGAACAUUCUCGUCGAGUCGUUUGAACGAGACAACGACCUCACAAAUUACAAUUUGUCCGAAUUUGGAUAUCGCGAAAUAUUUUUUACCCCUCUGACCCGUAGUCUUUUUCGUGGCACACACCGGGAGAUGAAUAUUUAUUUCGGUGAGAAAUAUUUGUUUGCUUCAACAGAAGACCGUAAUCGAGAAAAAAAAGAUGGCGAAGACCGUAAUUUUGGCCGCAAAAUCGAUAUUAUAUGGUCUAUGAAGCCAACCGAUCUGGAAUUCUCUAUUGGAGAAAUCAGUGGCCCACCGAACCAACUCGAUCAUUCACAUUUCUUUAACGAUAAGAUUAAAAUUGCGAAAAUGUUAAAAGUUAUUAUAAAUAGGAUUGUGAAGAAGUAUGGUGGAACGGGCAUGGAUUUGAAUAAUGAAGUAGUUGUGUACGAGAUGUCGAUUCCGUUUCGCGGAUUGUACAUUUUUUGUGAAGUUAUGCGAUCGAAAUUGCCCACGAAUGAAGUUGAGAUCGGUUUGUUAUUACGAUCUGUGUCGGUGUUCCUUAAAUUCAAGGAAUUGCUUGGAAAAAGUUUAGCCGACCUGAGAAAAUAUAUUCAGGAUGCGUGUACCCGUACACCCGAUAAUAAUGAAAAUGCACACCUGUUCAUUACACUAACUGAUUUGACGCCCGAAAAAAAGAAAGUACAACUAGUAGACGGAAAAAAAAAAAAGUGA